AUGUCUUCAACGCGUGGUCAUGCUUACUUCCUCGGUCUCCCCUUGGAGAUCCAGUGGUGGAUAUUGCGAUAUCUUAGCGUUCGUGAUCAGGCCUCGGUCUCGCAGACGUGUCGAAGAGCACAGGGGAUUGCAGAGCCGUUGCUUUACCGUAGAGUGUUCACCAAGGCCGGAACGGAUCAUGAUACCGGUGGGUUGGUUGAGUUUCUGCUUAAGCGGCCUUAUAUUGCCGGCGCGGUGCGGUUUCUCGUCCUCGACGAGUUCCACCCGGUUGCGUACCGGCGGCUCAUGGGCAUCAAGUUCCCAAAUCUAGAAAGCAUCAUUGUGCAGCACGGUGGAGAGCCCUUGAGUAUCGAGGAUGAUAAGAGGCGUUCCUUAAACCAGCUUGUUAAGGAGCAGCCUAAUUUGAAGAGUUUGACUUUCUCGAUUGAGCAGGAGAAUUGGGCAGCUUUCAAACUUGAGGAAGAUGACGCUGUGUUGUUUCGGCAUAGAAAACUGCGGCGUAUGCGGUUUUCUUAUAUCGACUUCUCCGCAUUUGCCCCGGCUCAGGAGAGCUUGCGAAUACUAGACUUUACUUGGCGAUGGAAACUCCCUUUCGAGGACCAAGGCAUGGAUUUGACUCGGUUCAAAAACCUGCAUUUCCUUCGAAUACCCCCUAUCUAUCUUCUUGGUAGCGCGUAUAUGGAUGAUUCUGCAUUGCCGGAGCUCAUCCCGACGAGAUUCCCCCCUAAUUUGAAGAUGCUCCUCCUCGAGAAUAUCGUGCCCCGUUCCAUCAGAGUCAUGAAUGAACGGGGCAUCGUUUUCCCCGGAUACCCACCGCCGGGCUAUACUCUAGAGCUGACACUCCGGCCGCGGGAUUACCAACUCGUCCGGUUCCUAAUCGCCGAGAAACACCAUGUAUUACCCCGACUCAAGUACGUUCUCAUGUAUUAUAUGGAAUUUAUGCAGGAUUUCUUGGACUUUUAUCCGUUGGUUAAGGAGAACGGGGUCGGGCCUGGUCCUGUGUUGACUACUGAUUACCUGAACCCCUUGUUGGAUUGGUUAGACGAGCUCUAA